AUGCGAAUAAACAGUUUAGUUCGAAAUAAAGUAUCUCAAGUGCAAAAAAUCAUCAGUAACGAAUUGGGAAUUGUUUCUGAAGACAAGUAUCUGAUAAACGUCAAAGGAGGUUGCGGUGGUGCUGGUAUCAGUAGGUAAAAAAGUAUUCUAAUUGAACACACAAAAAAACGUCUUUCAGGUACGAUGGAAUUGGAGGAAGAGGGGGGAAUGUGUAUUUUGUCCCUAAGCCUUUCUUGGCGUUCAGCGACAUCAGGAAACAGCUGAACAAUAGGAUGAGAGUAAGUGCAUGGUUAUUAUCGAGACAAUGAAAGUUUCAGAUACAUGCAGAAAAUGGAAAUGCUGCAAGAAAAAGCGUGUUGAAUGGAAGUAGCGGAAAAAAUACAGUACGAAAAAAUAAAGACAAUCAGAAAAAUGAGCUAUAGCAGGGCUGGGCAAUUGGCCGACCCGGGCUUUUCGUUGGCCGGUCCUUGACCUGGACCUUUGAACCACUUGCAAUAUUCCGAUCGGACCCAAACCUUGCAGUCUUGUUGGACAUGGGUUGAAGCAUACUGGACCAAGUUUCAGCCCGAUCGGAUCCUCGGGUCCCGAGAUAUGUAG